AUGAAAUUGGAGAUCUUGGAUCCCGCAAAUGGUCCGCCCUCUCCAGUAUCACACAUUGCAUCGCAAUGCGAAUUAGGUCAAAUGAUCAAAAAAGAUUUCACAACAAUGGGAAACACGGCCGAUGUCUUUGAGGCCGAUUCUAUCAGAGUGGGUAUAGAUGCAUGGAUGGAUUCACUGCCAUCAGCCUAUCAAGAAGAGAACCCAGACACCCAGUGGGACAAAGAGCAUAAAUACGUACCUCUUCAUCGUCGCCAGCUACAUGCCAUAGGUUACAUGAGCAUGCUAUUACCCUUCAAAAGGUACCUCGUCAAGAAAUUUGACUCCCAAGCUUCUGGCGUGGAUAGAGCUCGCCGAGCAUCUGCGACUGAAAUCGCCCUUCAUCUAAUGAAAGUUUCGCAUCGACUUUUUAACCAUGUUUUCCCUGUAAAUGCCAAGUUCCACUUGGUUACGUUCUUGAUAUUCGACACCGCGGUUUUCCUUUGUUCAGCUAUAAUCCACGACAAAGAUUGCAGUCUUCCACAACGAGAAGAUGUUUUUCAAGCAAUCAAACUUGCAUACUCUCUCAUCAGCCAACUCGCUCCAGUCACCAAGACCGGCGCAAUUUGCUACCCAGUUCUUGACAGGCUAGCAAGAAGUCUGUCAUCAAAGAGAGAGGCCCCAGUGGAUGGUACUAUGAUUGGUACCGGAGAUAUGCCGAACACUGAAACAAUGACAUUUGAAUCUUCGCUAGAUCUCGAAUCUCUUGAUGUCAAUAACCCAGAAUCACUCUCUUCAUCGUUGGGGCUCCUGCCUGCCAAUGGGAUUUUCUUACCUACCUCAGAAGAUCUGGACCUCCCGAUGGUUAGCAUGAAGACCCCGCCUAUCAUGAGUGCUGGUGAUUUCUCCAAUCUGGAUGUUGGCCAAUUUGAUCAGAUUUGGGACUGGCAAAAUUUGGAUUUGACUCUAAUACCCUCUCUUCACACGAAAUAA